AUGCGUCCUCCCCACAAACCUCAAAUACCCCUAAACCUGAGCCCUGUCAUGUUCUACUUCCAGGCACUUUACUGCCUCCCAAACAUCACCUACCGGCGCGACCACCGGCCGAAGUCUGCGUGCAUUACCGCGUCUCGACAGAGUUCUGUGCCCCAUGUUCCUGCUCCGGAUCUGAUCCGCCCCUGCUAUGCUCAGGACGAGACUAGAACCCCUACCAAGCCGCCUGGGUUCCAGGAAGAUGACGCAGCGCGUAAUGUCCCAUCUCCGAGUGCAUCUAGCUCGACCGAUAGUCUAGAGGACUUCCUCAGGAUACCAGACUCCCUCCAAGACAACAUCCCCAUUGAUCCGGUGAUUCUUGCCAAUCUCGGGCCUUGGGAGAGUGACGACUUCCAGCUACAUGCCCCCCUAGCAUACGGCAUCACUAAUCCGGAGACAACCUGCCUGUAUCCUGAACCUCCAGCCAUUCUCAGCAGUCCAGCUAGCCGUUUUGAAGUGCCUGGCGAAAGGGAUGGUAGUGAUAAUGGCGGUAUUCAGGGAAGUCGUUAUGGCGGCCAACGAAUGCAAACUCCCUCGCCCGGCACCGGACCAGACCAGCCUUCACCUGAUAACCAUGGGAAGCACCAGAUUAAGCGAAAAACACGAAAAUCUGACGGCGGAAUUCGCAAGCCACCUCGAGUUCGCUCCACGUCAGUACCCAGAGAUUCCUUUGCUGCCCUUCGGUCUCAGUUCACGUCUCUACCACUGGAUGACCGUUUGCAAUUUCUAUCCUGGCUAUUUGAAGGUGCACUAUCUCACUGCAUGUCUGACACCUCACAAACAGCAUGUGAAGAAUNGCGAAAGGGAUGGUAG